AUGUUUGAUCGUCUAAGAAGUCGUGUUUCACCUCGUAAACUAUCACAACCACCAUUGGAAACUACCGUUUCCAAGAAUAAAAAUGAAGAUCGAGAAGAAUGGGAUCGACCUAUUGAAUUUUUUCUUUCAUUAAUUGGUUGUUCGAUUGGACUCGGUAAUGUUUGGAGAUAUCCAUACAUUGCAUUUAAAAAUGGUGGAGGUGCUUUUAUUAUACCAUAUUUUUGUGUUUAUUUUCUUAUUGGUACACCACUGUUCUUUCUUGAAAUGUCACUUGGUCAAUUUACUAGUAGUGGGUCAGCAGCUGCUUUUAAAAUGUCACGAAUGUUCAAAGGACUUGGUUGGGCAACGGCAAUCAAUUCUUUUUUAGUUUCUAUUUAUUAUAAUAUUAUUAUUGCUUGGUGUCUUUUCUAUUUUUUUGCUUCAUUUCGAAGUAAACUUCAAUGGAGUGAUUGUGGAAAUUGGUGGAAUACUGAACGUUGUGCUAAUCCAGAAACACUAAACUUGAUGAAUUCAACUUUAUUUUGUAAUAAUGUUAAUCGUCAAACUAAUUGUACAAUACCGACUCUUCCACCAGAAGAAUAUUUUGAUCAUUAUGUCCUACGACGAAGCAAUUCUUUAGAUAAUUUAGGUACUCCAAAUUGGUCAUUAGUAUUAUGUUUAUUAUUAGCAUGGAUUCUUGUUGGUAUUUGUAUUAUUCAAGGUAUUAAAUCAUCAGGCAAAGUUGUUUAUUUUACUGCAUUAUUUCCUUAUGUUGUUAUUCUUGCUUUGAUUGUCCGUGGUGUAACAUUACCGGGUGCUCGAGCUGGUUUAACAUUCUAUCUAAAACCUAAUUGGCAAAAAAUUCGUGAACUUGAUGUUUGGAUUGCUGCUGCUUCCCAGGUUACAUUCUCUCUUUCAGUUGCAUUUGGUCCUCUUCUUGGUUAUGCUAGUUUUAAUAAAUUUCAUGCAAAUUAUCUCAGAGAUUGUAUUUUUGUUACUGCUUGCGAUUGUUUUACAUCAGUAUUUGCGGGUUUUGCUAUUUUUUCAAUUCUUGGUUAUAUGUCAUUUAAAACGGGUUUACCUAUUGAUCAAGUAGCUAAAGCUGGACCUGGUCUUGCCUUUAUUGCUUAUCCACAAGCAUUAUCCAUAAUGCCAGGUGGGCCAUUUUGGGCAGUAAUAUUCUUUUUUAUGUUACUUACACUUGGACUUGAUUCUCAAUUUGCUUUUGCUGAUGUUAUUAUCUCUGGUAUACUUGAUACAUUCAAAAGUUUACGUCGUCAUAAAGUCUACGUUACUAUUGGUUAUUGUGUUGUUUGCUUUUUAUUAGCAUUACCAAUAUGUGCACCGGGUGGUAUCUUUUUAUUUACAUUAAUGAAUGAAUAUGCAGCUAAUUUAUCAGUAUAUUUAUGUGCAUUUUUUGAAUUUAUACUUAUUGGUUAUAUUUAUGGAUUUAAUAAUUUUAUGGAAGAUAUUCGAAUGAUGUUAAAAAAGAGACCUUUAGAACCAUUUUGGUUUUUUACUUGGUGUAUAUCAGGUCCUAUUAUUACUUUAGGUGUUUUCUUUAUAUCAAUUAUUCGAUUUCGAACACCAACUGAAGGUAGUUAUGUAUAUCCAGCAUAUGCUAAUGCACUUGGUUGGCUUAUGGUGUGUUCAUCAAUUAUUUUUAUUCCUAUUAUUAUGAUUUAUGAAUUUAUUAAAGCAUGGAAAGCUACAAAUAGUUCUCAACAUCAAAUUAAUGAGAAUAUGCCACAUUAUCUACGAAUGUUAACUUAUGUUAGUCAACCAGAUACAGAAUGGGGACCAUCAAAAAAUGAAAAUCGUUGGGGUCGUUAUAAACCAAAGAUUGAUCAAUUACCAUCUACAUAUCAAUCGAAUAAUAACGAUGGUGAUGAUAUUUCAACUUUAGAUUCUGAAAAUAUUCGUCGUACAAAACUAUAA